GCUUAUGCUUGAGAGGUCUAUAAACCAGCAGUGUGUUCAGUAAAAACUGGAUUCAUGCAGCAAACCAUGGGGUCCCAUCUCUUCAAUCACCCAACAAUUGGUGCCCUUGUGUGAGGAGAGCUUUGGCCGCCCAGCUGAGCGGCUGUCGGGGAGCCCUGCAGGACCAAGCGCCCGGAGAGGACGGGGGAGCCAGCUGGCAACCAUGAAAUCCCUCUGGAAAGGAGGGUGUGUAUUCAGCCUGAGACCCCAGCGGCCCUGACCCGGCCGCAGCGUGUGCGAGCCCGCGGGGCGGACAGCAGCCGGCGCUGAGGGCCGGGGGCUCCGGCCGGGGCUCCCGGGGCCCCUCAUGCCGCCAAAGCCCGCCCGGCCGCUGCGGCCCCGGCGGGGGCGGCCACAGGCAGCCCCGCUCCAGGGCCGGGGGAGGAGCGGCGGUCCGCGGGGUCUCCCGGGCGGUGCCCGGCGAGGCGCAGCCGCCGCGGGCUGUGGCGAGGGGCAGCCCCGCUGCAGCGGCGCAGGCCGGGCCGGAGCCCGGCCCCUUCUCCCGGGGCCGCAGCCGCGGCCGGGAUGAAGCAGGCUCUGGUGGACGACACCGAGGAUGUGUCCCUGGAUUUCGGCAGCGAGGAGGAGCUGGCGCUGCGCAAAGCGCGGAUCAGGCACCCACUGGCCACCUUUUUCCACUUGUUUUUCCGAGUGAGUGCUAUUGUUACCUACUUGUUCUGUGACUGGUUCAGCAACAGCUUUGUUGCCUGUUUUGUCACUAUUCUCCUCCUUCUAUCCUUUGACUUUUGGUCUGUCAAGAAUGUGACAGGAAGACUCUUGGUUGGUUUGCGUUGGUGGAACCAGAUUGAUGAAGAUGGAAAAAGCCACUGGGUGUUUGAAGCAAAAAGGAUGCCUACAAUAGCUGCCUCAACUGAAGCUGAAGCCCGAAUCUUUUGGCUCAGUCUCAUCAUCUGCCCAGUGAUUUGGACAAUGUUUUUCUUUAGCACCUUGUUCUCCUUGAAGCUGAAAUGGCUGGCUCUGGUGAUUGCUGGGAUCUCCCUCCAGACUGCUAAUUUAUAUGGCUACAUCCACUGCAAGUUAGGGGGACAAAAAACCAUCAGCAGAGUAACCUCAAGGUUGUUUGGCGCCGCAGAUGUUCCCAAGAGACCCAGCAGGAGAAUUUCAGAAGGUGGCACUGAAGAACGUGGGAAGACAGGCACUAGGUAACCAAACAAGGAAGAGCUAAAGGAUGAGCAGUAAAAAAAGUCAUUCCUGAAAGUUCUUCUUCAUGGGAGGAUAUUUAGAUAAAGCUCUUCUAAGAUUAUGCCUGCAUGAAAUAAAGUCAUUUGUGUUUGAGUCUUUAGAUCCUGGAAGGUUUAAAGCCUUUGUUACUUAAAAGCUUCACCAAAAAUUGUGUGAGCACAGAUGGUGCUCAAGGUUUACAAGGAGCACACUGCUUUCAGAAAAGUUGUCAGCUAACCUCCAACUGUUGGAUUAUCUUAACCAGAAAUUACAUGUAAUGAAAAGACAAUGCUAAUUUGUUUAACUUUAGAACAACAAUAAACCAAAUCAAACUGC